GGAGUGUAUUUUAAGGUGGCUCUCCCCGGAGUCACGGUCUCCCGCCGUGGACGGUCUAAGAGCUGGUCUAAGCCACUCAGGCUGUCACGGUAUUCCCAAAGGUGCGUACCCCUCUGGUCUUACACUCGCACGGAGUGCAUUAUCGACAUUCGACAGCACUUCGACCUCCUACCAUCCUGGCUUACGAGAAAAGGCCGAAUAGACGAGAUAAUCCCGCACGAUGCGAGGAUGGCCGCCCGCUUGAGCCGUAUCACUCGGGCUGCCCGAGCGCCCUGAAAUGCGGGAUACUCUGCUUUUCAGCAAAAAAAAAACGCAAGUAGCGCCAAGAUCCAGCUGCUACAGGCAAAUCCCCACCUUCGUACGCACGAAAUCUCGCCGGGCGUGCGCAAAGCUGUCCUCCGCGCAGCUGCUACCCUGUACGAUCGGGCGAAGCUACGGUCAUCUGGGCGUAUCUUAGUGUCCGUCUUAGCGUCGCGAGACCGAUUCGAGGUUCUCGGUGUACGCGGCACAUAAAUAAAUCGACGACUUUUGGGACUGAGGACAAAUACAACCCCUUCAGAAGCCGCAAUCUGAGCUGCGCUACGAUACCAAACCCUGCGGAGCCUCACGGCAACCGAAAUCGGGCGGGGACCGUGAAUGUGGCCAAGGUGGUAGGGGGAGGGGGUCGUUGUGGGUCGUUGUAGGUCGUUGUAGCCCUUCCCGCCCCUAUUUCGGCCCUAUUUCGGCUGGUGGCGCCUCACAGCGUUCAAGUUGGAUAUCGCGUGAAUUUGUUCAUUGCGGCAGGGUAAAAUGCAGUCUGUAGGUACCACGGUACGGUACGGUACGGUACGGGUAUCUCUACGGUACCUACGGUACGUACCGUAGGUAGGUGAAGGUAUAGGCUUUGCUAUCUCUCUGCUCGCAUAGGGCGCCAAUUGGCUUACAUGGUGGUAUCUGAUGCAUUUAUAACGAUAGUUAAAGAGGACUCCCCUCGAAUGACAGAAGAGGCAAAUGGCACAGAGGGCCAUGCUGGCGCGAAUUCACAUCUGAACAUGAUCGAGAUGGCGGCCCCUGUGGAGAUCCGCAUAUCAUCAAUAUCACUGGUUGCAGAUCUAAAGGACCAAUUGAAUAACCGGCUAGGUAGGAUCGCUGGUUUUGAGAAGGAAGAUGUAGCUGAGCUCCCACGAAUGGCCUUGAUGACGGGUCGAAAAAUUUGGUCCGACGUCGAAGUCUUGAAAACUGUGUUGAUUGAAAAUGGCUGCCUUUCUGACAUUAAAUAUGGGAACAUUAAGUUGAAAGUUCAGCAUUGUGACCUACGAGACCCACCUAGACAAAGCAAGGCAGAGCAAGAAGAAACACAACGAAUUGAGAUUGAUAAGGACGCGAAAGCCCGUGAGCGAGGCAGGUCUCGGCGAGUUCGUCCAGGGAGGAGGAGGCAAAGCUAG